CAACACAGGAUGAUAAACGGAUCGUUUUGCUAGUUACAGGAGGACAAUUAAGCAGUUUUCGGAUUUAUUCUCACUUUUUCGGAACAACGGUGCAUCUGUUGCAAUCUUGUGCUGCAUGCUACCACAAUUUAUGAGGAUUCCGCAGGAUAUGUUGGCGGCUGCGCAAUCAAUUUCAACUGAAGCCGCCUUUCCACGCGAAAGGCAUUGAUGACAUUUGAUUGGUAUGGGAUCCUGUGCUUCCACUGGCGUAUCACGUGUUGAGAGCCCAAUACGAAGUGUUCGCGAGCAGAGACACCAAGAAUCAGUAGCCUCUUCUCAGACAAGAAGUCCAAGCAGAAACUUCCCCUGCUUCAGUCCGAAGGAGGCCAAACAGAAUCACACCCAGUUCACGUCGCACCUAUCGUCCUCAGUGGAGAUGUUAGAAAUGGGCAGAGGCGACCAGGAUGUACCCCUACGAACUGUGGGACCACUGGUGACAGACGCCCAGCUUGAUCAAGCCUGUAUCGAUCUGGAAAUCUCGCCUACGUAUUACAAAAACUUAGCCAAUUCCAGUCUUGAAGAGUAUGCGAGGCUAUCAUCUGGCACGGAUCAAUUGCACACGUCGCAUACUCCAGAAGCGAUGCGCGCUUGCUACACCCGGAUGAGACAAGUUUACGAAGCGAUCGAACAGGACAGAAUGGGCAAGGCGACUCUGCUCAAGAAUCUCCACUAUGCCAUCACUAUAAUGGAGGCAUCUUACAUUUCGGAAAAAAAGCGAAUACGAGAAGAAGACGAUGAUUGGUCAGAAGCCGCAACGGAAUAUGUUCCAGACGAAGUACGCGACUGGCUUGCGACUACCUUCACACGCACCCAAUCGAGCAGCGGAAUAGAUCAAAAACCCCGUUUUCGCAGUGUGGCAAACGCGAUUCGAGCAGGAAUCGUUGUUGAAAGGAUAUAUCGUCGAAUGUCAAGUUGUGCCAACCUCGUCAUUCCACCCAACGUUCUGUUGUGUUUGAAAGCUGGACGACGUCAUAAGGAAGGUGCUGUCCGUAUGCGCUUUAUCAUCCAAAAGUAA